AUGGGUUCUUCCGUUAUGUUGCUAAUAUUCACGAUCUUCGCCGGAGCAGUUGUGCUGUGUUUUACGCAAGAAGGUAAACUGCGCUUGUACUUUUUUGUUUUUAUUUGGAUAAUUGAGUGGCAAGUAAGUUCAAGUUGUGUAAUUUUUCGCUGAGUUGUAUCUGUACCGUGUUUGCAAUUUUAAUCUGCUGAUGUAAUCACAUUUUAAUACCAACACAUCAUGUGCAUGCAAGGUGUAUUUAUCUCGUACAAAAAUUCAGUAACCUGGUAUCUAUAUAGUUUUUGUUUCACCUACUUAGUUUUGGCUUUAUAUAACUUGGUUAUUCCAUCAGGAAAACGCAGGUGCCAAAAUUCUGAAAGAAUCUUGUUUGUUUUCGCCAAUGAAUCAAGUUGUAAACCUCUUGAAAAGGCGACAGCCACGUGUGCCGCCGGUUUGAAUCUUUCUUUGCCGCAGCAAAUUGGUACAAGAAUUUUCAACAGAUUAGAUUAAAACAGAUUAAAUGAGAAAGAAACUGCUACUAAACUACAAAGGCAAUUAUGUAAAGAGUGAUGAAUUGCAGUUCUUACAGCAAGCAAAUAUUCAGAGGUCACCAAGGGGUCAACCGAGUAAAUCUCAUUCUUCCGAAUAUAUAUAGGAGGUAGAUUGAUCCUUUGAACGUGAUUGAAAGUUAUUUCAUUCAGUAGAAAACAAAUUUAAAUCAGUUAGUAAUUCAUAUCCCGCGACUGAGUGGAAACUAACUGUCCUUGAGGCAAAUUCGUUCUCACGAACACAAACAGUUUCAUGCUCCUCUAAUCACGUUUCUACUUACGUAGGCAGAUUUUAUCCAUUCAGACAAUGUGUAAGGCCAUUUUCCAGCUUAUUGAAAUCGCUUUAUCAACCGACAAAUUUAUUAAACUACCCUGUAUCUAUCUGCCAGAUUUUGAACCCUUAAAAAGUCAUUUUUCACUAGUUAACUGAGUUGAAGUCCAUAGCUGCCAGAAGUCUCUAGCUCUAUCGGAUGCUUAAUUCGCGUGACAAAUAUUUAUUUCAAUUUAUGGAUAGUCACGCAAGGGUCAGGAUAAGUGAUUAAAGAAACCUACGAAAGCUUAGGAAAAGUUGUUUGCCUUUGGAAUGUGAACAAAAUCAAGAUCUGUAAGAUAACUAUUUCACUUUCUUCUCAUGUUAACUUUCAGGAAAUAAUUCACGGGAAGGCCGCAGCAGAGGGAAUCCUGUAUUUUUACAGGCCCCUCAAGAUAUUCAUUACUACGUCACUCCAAACUACUCGGUAAACCUGACUUGGGUUGCAGAUCACGUCUGCAAGAUUCAGGUUAAGUGCGCUGGCGAGAAAUUUCGAGAGGGAGGUACAAGAGUGUGUGGAAAGUCUUGCCAAGGCUGCAGAAAGAGGAAAAAGACCAAAAUAGUAACACCAGCUGAUUUUCCAAAAGACACACGAACCAUAACAUGUCAAUGCAAAGUGUGGGGUGUCCGUGCCGUUCGAACGGAAAAAAUAAUAAUCGAAAAAGCAUGUAAGUCUUAAAGCUGUUUCUUGAACCAAGACUGAUGACGUUACUACCAAAGGUCUUCUAACGUUGCUGUUGCCCCUCCUCCCCUUCCACUUUGCUGAUUUUCAAACCCCCCCCCCCGUUUAAGUCUGACUCAUUUUCUCUCAUUUUAUAUAUCCCUUAAAAAGGCUUUCCUAAAGUUUCUCGAAGUGAUUUUUUAACUAGAAGCUCGACUUAAGUUAAAUCAUCCUAAAAUGUACCACCGUGAAGUUCACAUUAGUUAAAUAUUAAAUGCAAUCAGCUACAGUCACUGAAUAUUGCCUUCAGUAUUCUCCCUGAGGAGAGCACCAAUAAAGUAAGCAUAAGGUUUGAGCAUCCUUGAAUUUUUACCCCUAUCGUUAUGGUUCACUUUUAUUGUUUUUAGAUCUUCGUCGUAAUUUCGGCAAAGUCCCGUCGUGUCGAGUGGCAUCUCUCAACUCAACAGUGAUCCUUCGAUGCAAGCCUCCAAUCGGAUCACCUUCGGCCAACGUCACGUGGGAUAAAAUUGGCGAGUCAUCCUCCAUAUUUAGAAAUAAAGGGCGCAGGCGGGUACGCAAGGGACAGUUAGUAAUCAAAGGUGGCCAGGUGGGAGACUCGGGCGAGUAUCGGUGUGUUGCACAGAAUAUUGCCAGAAGACGUGAGGGCCCGGUAAUUAAAUUAGUUGUCGGAGGUAUGUUGGUUUUUAGGUAAUUUGUUGAGAAAUUAACCUACCCACUUAUUGAUUUCCUUAAUCAAUUGUUGCUUUCCCUACGAAAUUAGAAAACGUCUCCAGUGCUCUUUGCAACAAGGACGAGCCGCCAUGCAUUAAUCAGUCUUCGUCAGACUGUGAAAGAAAAAGAAAUGAGACAUUCAAAUUUGGUAAGGAUUGUAAGACACUUCUUUAAAAAGUUUGAAAAAGGUAACCAAUUAUUCUUCCAUUAUUUUUAGUCUCUUCCCUAAUGUCUUUGGACUUCUUAUUGCACUUGUUGGUUCGAUAUAAUUUUCUAUCUCAAUUCUUCUUGAAAUUCAGAACCAACGUUAUUGGUUGGAUCGCAAGAUGCUUUUUUCACAGUAGAUCUGUUCAACAUCUCAAGUUGGAGACCCAUCAAAGCUGAGAACGUCUUUUCAUUUGACUUUUCUUGGGAACCAGGCCAGAUUUUCUGGUCGGACAGGAAAAGCAUAAAGAAGCUAUCCCUAUAUGGUGGUAUAAGUAAGGACACGCCCUUUCUUUUUGAUGACGGUGGCUCAGUGGGGGACUGUUUGUUCAUUGGGUGGCUAAAAAGUUGUACUGGACUGAUGGACAACAUAAUGCGAUUUAUGUUGGAGAUCCAAAAAGCGGGGUCAAAGUCAAAGUCAUCGACAAUGGCCCUGAUUCACCGACUUUGA